CGUCUCUGCUUUAGGACCUCUGAGGACUCUUGGGAAUCCCAGAUGACCAUCGGAAACGUUACAAUUUGGACCAGGAAGGGACUAGGCUUAGAGCCAGUGGACUUUAGUGUUAAGAAUUUGGAACGUAACUAAGUACAGACAAGUCACGGUUACAGAGACAUUUGCUACUGUGGAUUCUCCAUGAAGAAAGAAAAGUCUUGAGCAUAAGCCAUUAUCUUGGUAGACUUUUCACCUCUGGAUUUUGGCUCUAAUCACAGCGACUGCACCCGGCAGAACUGAUAAGAUAAAGGACAAAAUCAAUACCGGGAAAAUCCAAGCUCGCCACCUUGUAACCAUGAGUGAGGAAAUGGAAAUAGCAGAUGAGAAAGACUGGAGUGAACUUGAACCCAACUACUCUGUUAAAAUCUUCCUGACAGUUCUGUACAGCCUCAUCCUAGUGACUGGUAUCGUGGGUAAUUCAGUCACUAUCAGAGUGACCCAAGUGCUGAAGCAAAAUGGCUAUCUGCAGAAGAAUGUGACCGACCACAUGGUUAGCCUGGCAUGCUCCGACCUGCUGGUGCUUCUCAUCGGCAUGCCAGUAGAGCUCUACAGUGCUAUCUGGUUCCCUUUCACGUCUGCAUCUGGCAAUGCUUCCUGUAAGAUCUACAAUUUCCUAUUUGAGGCUUGCAGCUACGCUACCAUCCUCAAUGUGGCAACACUUAGCUAUGAGCGCUAUGUGGCUAUCUGCCAUCCAUUUCACUUCAAAGCUUUGGGUGGAAAACGUACUUCUGUCCUCAUUUCUUUUGCCUGGCUGGUGUCCGUGCUCGUGGCCCUGCCACUGCUGAUUGCAACAGGAACCCAGGGUCACAUUCCCGCCCUAGCAGAUACACCUGUUCAGAAUCUGACUUUCUGCACCAAUCUGAAGGAGCACUGGGUGAUGUUCAGAGUCAGCAUCUUUGUGGCUUUCAUAAUCUACAUUAUCGUGCUGGUCUGUGUGGCCUUCAUGUGCCGAGCUAUGAUCGUGGUCCUGCAGAAACCUUUGAGUUCCUUGGAUGGAGGGAUCAGCGGAGCACCCAAGCAUGAAAGUUCAAAGGUCAAGACAGCCAGGAAGCAGACCAUCAUUUUUCUUGGUCUCAUUGUGGGAUCUUUGAUGGUGUGCUGGCUUCCCAACCAGAUUCGUCGCCUUAUGAUGGCCGCCAGGCCCAAGUCUCGCUGGACUACUUCCUACUUUCGGAGCUAUGUCACACUUCAACAUAUUGCUGACACCUUCUUCUACCUCAGCUCCGUCCUCAACCCAUUCCUUUAUAACCUGUCCUCCAGGCAGUUCAGGGAAGUCUUUGUCCAGGUACUCAUGUGCCAUCUCACCAUUGAACAUGCCAAUAAGCGAACUUUGCCGAGGUCCCAUGCUGCUUCUGCACGCUCCCUCCAACCCCUGCUGUUAAAGUCACUGCGUCUGAACAGCACUACACAAGCAAAAACUCCUCCCACCUUUGCAACCUUUCAGAAUCAAAGUGACUCAGGAGUGGUUCUGAAUACUCCAACGUCCCCCUGCCUGACUGAAGAGCCAGGUUCAGUUCUUAAGACAAAGACAGAUGAGCCAUCAGAGUCUGAAAUAUAACAUGCUGUACUAUUUAAUGGAACACAGUAAAGUGCACAAUCAAACAUAGCAGAAAAUGGUUGGAUUCAAGGACACUUGUGCUGUGAAAAACAAUGAGAUAUUCCUUAUACACAGUAAAUGCUGCAUCACAUGUUAAGUUAGGAAUUUCAUUGACAGAUCAAAUUCAGUUUGGCACAACAGAAAGUUUGAUGGGACUUCUUGAAUAUACAUUUAACCUAAGGAAUGUCAAAUUGUUACCAAGUCAGACAAUGGUUCUACAAAAGCUCAAAUAUUCAGUUAAGACCCUGCAGUUUGAGUGAAAGUUAACUGAUGGAGUUUGUGACCAGUGACUUUGCUGUGGAGCACUGUUUUAUAUGUUUAGGCCCUUGUGAUGUUUGCAUAUACACUGACAUUUUAAACUGAAGUUAAAAUUAAAUUGAUGCAUCAUCACCUUUUGGAGAGCGUCUUAAAAACAAGACCAAUGAGUUCUCAGAGAGCAUCUCCUGCUCAACACACACACACACAGACACACAUUCUUCUUUCCUGUUGACUGUAGAGGGCAGAAUGUGUGGUGCAUACAACAAGACCCCAGGAACAGCUGCCCCCACACACAUUCAUUACAAAUGUAAUGGCUGUACAAUGCCAGUUAAAUAAAUGGUGAAAAAACAAAACAAAAAAACCCUGAAAAUAAAUGUGAGCCUUGCAAACAUCCUCAAAUCAGUCUUUGUAUGACCUAAACUUGACUCUUUAGUUGGAAAGAGCAGCAAAUAAGAGAAUGAAUUCAGGGAAACAGCAAGAAGGCAGCAAACAAAAUGGGCCAAAAAAUGUGUGAGUCCAAGUAAGCCUGAAAUAUUUACAUGCACCAAGUGAACAGUGUCAUUGGAAUGAGCUGGGGGGCUCUGUGCUGUGAGCGAAUAACCAGUUAGAUGACCGGUUUUCCUCAUACUGUACAUGAAGACAGUAGUAGAAGUGUCCUGCAUGUUGUUGUUGGAGGGUUUAGGACUGACAAUACAACAACAAUACAACAACAAGUCCUCCAAAUUCAACCACUAAAUACUUUGUCUGUCAGUGCCCUCUGGAAAUCUGGUUUAUGAUGUGAUAUGGUUAAGGUUGGCUUAGGUUUAGGCACAACAAGAACUUGGUUAGACUUAGGGAAACGUCCUAGUUCGGGUCUAAUAGCGUACCGUAGCAGUGAGUCCUAAAACCCAGAACUGAGUCAGUAUCUCUGCACUUCCAGUUCCCUCACCAUGAAGUCUAUGGGCUUUCUGAAUGGGUUCUUGGUUAGACACCUGAAAUAAGGCCUGUGGUUAACACAAGGCCGAUACUUUCCCCUUUUGUUCUAUAACAUAAAAUACACCAGUAAAUACCCCACUCAUGAUUUUUAAUGCUUUUAUGUGUCUUAUAAAAUCAGUUGGUAACAAGUGGCUAAAUGAGACUGCAGAGGCUGUCUGGGAUUGUAUACAUCAUCAUGGGGACUCUGUCUACUCACUACUCCACCUUUACAGCCUUGUAAUGUCUAAAUUCAUGCACUUGCAAACUAUUCUAACUGACAUAGCCAUAGUUACUAGCUAGAUCAGGUCACACCAAGAGGAAUGGAGUUUGUAGAAGCUGUAGGCUCACUAAAUCAGAUUACAAGUGACACUGAAGUCAUGGGACCCUGGUGUUGUUCGUUUAUAACCCAACAGUAGCUUAUUACUUCUGGUGAUUGUAUCUGGGCAUCAAAAAUCAUAAAAGUGGUGAUCAGUGGUGAAGUGUCAUAAACUGUUGUUUGUCAUGGGGCUUAUUUUUUUCAAUAAUCCAGAAGCCUAUGGAAAAGAAUCCCACUGGCUGGAAACCUUCUUGGAACACAAUAUUCAUCUCUUUAUCUGCCUACCUCUCUGACAGUGUUGAAUGCAAAAAACAUAGCAAUGCAUCAGAAAAAAUUGGGGGACUGCUGUACUACCUGACUUCUAUGUGGAUAGAAGCAAUGUUUCACACAAACGUUUGUUUCGUUGUUUUUUUUUUUGUAAGAAACAAUGAGUGUAAUCAUAACUGUUUAUUUACAAGAAAACUUCACCGGGUAUCCUUAAGGUUCAGUUCACUUAUAAUGAAAGGAAAACCUUUGUAUUAAAUGUUCAAAAGAGCAAAAAAAAAAAAAAAAAAAUAUAAAAGUGACUGAAUAUUACAAUAAAAUGAACUAUACCACAAUUUUUCAUAGUUUUGCACAUCCCAAUAGGUCCCAGUCUCUCUCUGAUACCUUACCAUACAAAAUACUCACUAACAUCGACUCACCAGCCACUUUAACAGGUUUGCAAUUCAAUGCUACACUUCCUGAUAUUCUGACCCUCAGGUAUGUGGAUGGGGAGGACAAAAAUAGACACCUCUGAAUAUAUUGUAGUGCAGCACAACACCACCUUUAACUAU